UGAUUAAUUUGCUCCAUUGGAAACGACAGGCUCUGGUCUAUCUUGGGUUAGUUAUAAAAAUCUUUCGUCCUACCUUCAGUUAUCACGGAAAAUCGUAUGAAUGCAAACAACAGUUCUACGGAUUAUUCUCGUUUUUACAUCACAAGCAAUUCAUAUGCAUCUUCUUUUCAAAUCUCGGGGAUAUCUUAUUCAUGACGUUUGCGCUUUGUAGUUUGUAGACUGUCCGCAAAUUUGUACAUUCCGAGGAGGCUCUUCUUGACACUUCAUAUAGAGCUUGACAUAAUCAAAAUAGAACGUUUCACUUGGAAGAGGUUGAGUUGCAUCAGUGGCAUCAGUGUUAGUGUAGAAAAUGUCUGACUCUAUUAUUUUAGCACUGAUAGUGUUUCUCAUCUUGUGUUUGAUUGUAACGGUGGUUGCAGCUGUUGUGUACUCUGGGCUGUUCACUGAGGUCAAUAUCAAGACAGGGUCGCCUUAUAUCAAAAACGUUACUAUUGCCUACAAAUUCCAUAAAGGACCGCAUAAAGACUGUGGUGCAGCCUUCACAGAGACUGUCAGUAUUGGGCCAAAGCUCAAUACCAUCCGUGUGUCCUACGAUGACUCCACAGAGGUGCCCGAUGACCAGUGUCGCUACAUCAUUGGCAGUAUCCUGAGCGAGGGAGAUGAAAAGCCUGACGAAGAGCUCCAGAAGCUGUAUGAGAAGUUUGGCUUCAAUGUGCUGUCCUUCCCUGAGGUGUCCCUGGCUGUGACCACCACCUUCCCCUCCACCACCCCCCUGUCCCACUGGCUGGCACCCUACAGAGUCUACCCCGAACUCCGCAACUACAUCAUGGAGAGGCAACUCCAUGCCUGGCCAUUCAUUGAGAUCAAUACAGGGGACCUAACGCACUACAUUGCUCCGCUGUCCUCCCAGAGCGGCUUCCACCACACUGGCUUCGUUGUGCCCGAGCUCGUCACACAGACAGCGGCCAAGACACCGGUGACAGAGGAGUCCUUGGACCAGGACAGAGGGACGGAUAUUUCAGGUGCAGAGUCCCACAGUGAUGUCAGCAGCAAGCUGAGCGGCCAGGCGCAGUCAAAGAGCACAGAGACGUCUCUGGCCCCGUCCUCCGCCUCCUCUCUGCCCCACAGGGACCAGGGGGACGGGGUGGAACAGGGGCAGGGUGGAGAGCACAGGGAGCCAAGUGAAAAGGGGCAUGGGGACAGGGGCUCCAGCGAGUCAGUAGGCAGCGGCUCUUCCUUUGAGGAACUGGACUUGGUGGAAGAGAUGGUGGAGGAGCUGGAGAAAGAGUUGGGGAGGGAGGAGGAAGGCCCCACAGUGAAGGAAGAUGCCAGGGAAGCCCCAGUAGAGGCUGUAGCUGAGGAGAGGGAGCCUUUAGGGGAUGGAGAGGAGUAGAAGAGGAUGGAUGGAGCAAACUCCUCGGGUUUGAUCCUUUUAAGGUGGGAGUGAGAUUUCUUCAGCUAAUCUAGUCUUUUAUGUCCACUUGUUGGUGGAUCUGUAGCCAUACUAUUUAUCAUGACAGACAUGGCAUCUAUUUCUGGACCUUUUGAACUUUCCUGUAUGUUAAACUGUAAUGUCUGUGAGUGAUAAUGACAAAACAAAGAUGGGUUGAUCAACAUUAAGCAGAACUGUUGUAGGAGAUGAUACAUUCACCAGUAGAAAGUGAUACACUCUUUGAGGGGACAAAAAUAUUGUUGAAAUAUACUUGUGGGACUGAUGAAAAUCAAUAUUUCUUUUGAUUGAAGUAUUUAAAUGUUAGUAACAUUGUGUCCAAUAUGUUUAAUCAUCUCCCAUCAUAGUAGGCACACAUUUUAUGUAAGAUAAUUUGUUUAUAUAUAAAUAUAAAUAAUUGAAUAUACUGUAUUUAAUCAAAUACAGUAUAGUUUUAGACAGUGGUCACCAAUCGGUCGAUCGACACAUUCCUCGUGGAUCACCUAACUGAAAAGCCAACGAUAAAGGCUGCCACUCCUUUGUGUGUGUUGUGCUGUUCGUGGUACAGUAGGUACACUUGAUUCAGAAGCCUUGUGCGCCGGGGAGGAGAAGUGUUCCCAUUUUUAACCAUUUAAUUUGUCUGAAAAGACUAACUCCGCCUACCCUGUGGAUCGUGAGAUCUGUGGCUAAAUCAAGUGUGCCUACUGACUGACCAAUCGGAUAGCUCAAAUCAUGUACCUACAGCUUACAGGACCCCGGCCCAUAGGUGUUUUAUACUAGCCUACAUGAGAUUUCAUAUAAUUUAAAACAAUGACCGUAGAGAGACUGUCAAAUAAUACAGCAAAUAGCUGAUGUUUUUAUGUGUGAGGUCAUGUCCAAGUUUGUAUUCCGCACUGUCAACACUGUUUUUAUUCAACGCUAUUACAAAACAUAAAACACGCUUCUCCCUGCUUCCAUUCUCAAUGCAGCUGCAAUGAAUGAGUAGUCAAGUGUAUCGACA